CAUUUUCCCACAACACCCUGCUCCUGCUCUCGCAGAUAACGAAAAUGGCGGACAACGCAUCAUCGGUCGAGAUCGUCGAGGGCUGUCGCCUUCCCGUUCUUCGCAAAAACCAAGAACACGAGGACGAAUGGCCGCUGGCAGAAAUCUUAAGUGUGAAGGAAGCCUCGUCAAGAAAACUCUUCUAUGUUCACUACAUUGAUUUCAACAAACGCCUGGAUGAGUGGGUCACGGCGGACAGGCUGGACAUGAAGAAGCUUCAGUUUCCUAAGAAAGAAGCUAAAACACCAACCAAGAAUGGUCUUCCAGGUUCCCGCCCCAGUUCUCCAGAGAGAGAAGUGAGGAAAACUCUAGAACUCAACGUACAACCCCCCACAGCUCCUUCCAGAGGCAAAACUCUCCCCACGCCGGUACAAAAGAGGAAAGUAGAGACCGUCCCCGUGGCGACUCAGGUACCCCCAGCCGCCCCCGUGCCCUCCCUGCCAAGUUCAGCUGAAGCCACUCAGGCAGCUGUUUUUCCCGCUGUGAGAGAGACCAACACAUUUAAGGCCAGAGAAGAGCAUGAGCCGAUCUCUUCGCUCACAACGAACGGCACUGCUCGAAGACUUAUCCCUGCUCAGUCUGGGAGGAAGAGGAAAGCUAACUGUGGGGGAACUGACGAGAUGAUAAAGGUUUUGCAGUAUAACAAGCCUCAAAGUGCCAGUGUCUUUCAACCACCACCACCAGAGGAUUCCCAGGACAGUUCAGAUGGCAUCCCAACAGCACCCCGCAUGACGGGCAGUCUGGUGUCGGAUCGUAGCCACGACGACAUAGUCACCCGGAUGAAAAACAUUGAGUGUAUAGAGCUGGGACGGCACAGACUGAAGCCCUGGUACUUCUCCCCGUACCCACAGGAACUCACCUCACUGCCCAUCCUCUACCUCUGUGAAUUCUGUCUCAAGUACCUCAAAAGCCUUAAAUGUCUCCAGAGGCAUUUGACCAAAUGUAAUCUAAGACAUCCUCCAGGCAACGAGAUCUACCGCAAAGGCACUAUAUCAUUCUUUGAGAUUGACGGCAGGAAAAACAAAAAUUAUUCCCAGAACCUGUGUUUACUUGCUAAGUGUUUCCUGGACCACAAAACAUUGUAUUACGACACAGACCCUUUCCUCUUCUACGUAAUGACAGAGUAUGACUCCAAAGGCUUCCACAUAGUGGGCUACUUCUCCAAGGAAAAAGAGUCGACUGAAGAUUAUAAUGUUGCCUGCAUCCUGACCUUACCUCCUUACCAGCGGAGAGGUUAUGGCAAACUGCUCAUUGAGUUCAGUUACGAGCUGUCCAAGGUAGAAGGGAAGACGGGCACUCCAGAGAAGCCGCUUUCUGACCUUGGUCUCUUGUCCUAUCGCUCCUACUGGUCUCAAACCAUCUUGGAAAUUCUCAUGGACCUUAAACCUGACAAUGGAGAAAGACCACAGAUAACCAUCAAUGAGAUCAGUGAGAUCACAAGUGUAAAGAAAGAAGAUGUCAUUUCAACACUUCAGUAUCUCAACCUAAUCAACUACUACAAGGGCCAGUACAUCCUGACUCUUUCAGAGGACAUCGUGGAUGGGCACGAGAGAGCGAUGCACAAGAGGCACUUGCGUAUAGAUCCUAAAUGCCUUCACUUCACUCCUAAGGACUGGAGCAAGAGGGGCAAGUGGUAGAGUCCCAGCGCAGUUUGCUGAAUAUUCUCCUCGGAGCGGGACAGUGGACAGUGGAUCAGAUGAAGGUUUUGUUGAGCUGUCUCACCAAGAACCUUUUUGAGCACAGGACCUAUUUAUAUAAGUAACAGUGAAAGUAAAAUGUCUCUUGAGAUGAAUAGGCUACAAGUGACUUUAUAAAGCUGUCAAACGUGGGGAUGAAACUCUGGUUAACCGUAACACCGUCAAUACACAACACACUUUCUGCCGUGUAAAAGAUCCUGUUCAUGACUAAAACAGUGCAUUGAAAGUUACAUGUAGUGUCUCUUUAUAUUCUAGUGUAAAUUAAAACCUAAAGCACCCAGUGGUGGUCUUAUAACCAGUUUUAGUUGAGCAGCAAAUCUGUUGACGAGUUCAUAUUUUGUAAAAUAAUCAAAGAGAAUUUCUUUUCCUUUUGUUGCUAUGGCUAUCACAAACAAAAGUGUCUUUUUGUCCUUUGAUUUGCCAAGUUGAAAUGUUAUAUUAAUUUAUAAAUCCCUAAAAGGUUUGAUUGUAGACACAGUCCAACAAGAUCUCUUGUGUGACUGUCACUGAAGUCCUGUUUCAGAAACCUUUGCACAUGGAAAGUGAACUUGACCAGCAGAUCUUAUAAACAAUGGGGCAAAUGAACAGCCUUUUUCUACUUUAAAUAGGGAAAUCUAUUUACAUUGUUCAGGCUUCGUGACAUCUCUGACACCUCUUGCUGGGUACAAGAGCUGUAAUAAUUUUCAAGCCUGAGUAGCAGGCUGUGGUUUCUUUUCUACUUAUUACAAGUGACUAAACGAAAUGUGUAUUGGUUGUGUGUAAAUACAAAAUGUACAGUGAAAAUUUCAGAUAUUUUUUCUUUUUGAACUAAGAUACCUGUCUAUUUAAAUUCUCAUCUCAACAGUAAAUUUCAGUUUAUUGGGAUUCUCAACUAAUAGAACAGAAAAUGAUCUAGUAGUUGAUUGUUGUUAGGGCUGUUUUUAGGAUCAGUUUAUGACAGUGACGGUGGAGUAGGCCAUUCUAAUGUAAUGCACUUUUUUUAUUUAAAAAAAACUUAAUCUAAUCCUGCAGAUAUCCCCUCAUGCUUCACUAGUUGUAUGCGCUAGGAAAAACAAAUAGAUUGGUACGAGUGACUGAGACCACACAUCACCAUUCCAGCCAAAGCCACAGGAGAGUUGUGAGUAUUGCUAUAUAGAGCUGGUGUUUAGGCUCUGCGAAGCAGUUGUUCUGCAUGUUAGCUUUGCAAUAGCAACCCCUAGCUGAUCCACUGCCCAGCUACUUGAAAAUGCAAAUGGAGGAAUUUUUGGGGUUGACUUCCUACAGAACACUGAAGGGGCUAGUGUGUUGAAUUCAAUGGGAAUGGCUUACUCCACCUUUUCAAUAAAGCAUUCUUGUCAAAGUAUAUAUAUUUAAACAAACAAACAGCCAGGACCAUGUAGAGACCCACGAUUCAACUAAUGAUCUGUAUUAACAACAAAAUAACAACAUGAUCAGUUCAGGGUUUCCAAAUCUACAGUGUCUGUUCUUUUAAUUUCCUUGUGUUUUAAGUAGUUGGUUUGUAGUCCAUCAACAUCUCUUUGUUCAGAUGUUCAGUCACGAUCAGUGAUACAAGUCAUUGUCCCCUAGUUGAACAUAUGUGUGCUGUGACUGUACAUACUGAAGACAGAAGCCAUGCUGAACUGUUAGAGGAAUGUAAAUUUAGUGUACAGUUGUCUUUUCUUUUUAACUCAAUGUUAUCUAACAGGCUGCACAAUUUUAAAGGAAAAGACCUGAAAGUGAUAUCUUACUUUCUGUUUGUGGUUUUGUUUACAUGUCAAAAAGGACAAGGAAUUUGCCCUGUUGAAAUGAUUUAGUAUAUCUUUAUGUGAAACACAGUUGACAGUUAUCAUUUGAGCAUUUGAUAUGAAAAGCUUGUUGAAUUGAUAAAAAAAAAAAAUCUUCAGAA